AUGGCUACCUUCCUGAAGAAGCCCUUAAAGCUUGCCCUGGUGCAGCUUGCAUCCGGCGCGGACAAGGCCGUCAAUCUCUCGCACGCCCGGAGCAAGGUCCUUGAGGCUGCACAAGCUGGCGCACGCUUGAUUGUACUCCCAGAGUGCUUCAACUCCCCCUACGGCACACAAUACUUCCCUAAAUUCGCCGAAACCCUCCACCCUUCCCCUCCGACGAAGGAACAGUCGCCCUCCUUCCACGCGCUAUCGGCCAUCGCCGCUGAAGCGAACGCAUACUUGAUCGGCGGCAGUAUCCCUGAGCUCGAAGAGUCCACGAAUAAAUACUACAAUACCUCGCUGGUCUUCUCGCCAUCGGGUUCAUUGAUCGGAACCCAUCGCAAGACACAUUUAUUCGACAUCGAUAUCCCGGGCAAGAUUGCGUUCAAGGAGAGCGAUGUCCUGUCACCCGGCAAUCAAUUGACGGUGAUUGAUCUUCCGGAAUAUGGAAAGAUUGGACUGGCUAUCUGCUAUGACAUUCGGUUCCCCGAGGCUGCUAUGAUCGCUGCCCGCAAGGGCGCUUUCUUACUAGUCUACCCCGGCGCAUUCAAUACAACUACCGGCCCGCUCCACUGGUCCCUGCUUGGCCGGGCGCGCGCUGUGGAUAACCAGUCGUAUGUGGCGCUGUGCAGUCCUGCCCGUGAUCUGGACGCCACCUACCAUGCCUAUGGCCACAGUUUGGUUACUGACCCUAGUGCCAAUAUCCUGGCGGAGGCGGAGGAGAAGGAGACUAUUAUUUAUGCGGACUUGGAUAAUGAUAGCAUUGUGAAUAUCCGCAAGAGCAUCCCCAUUUACACUCAGCGGCGGUUUGACCUAUACCCUGAUGUGAGCGGCGAGGGAUCUCAAUAG